CGGAUCUGCUGCGGGUAUGACCCCAGUGCGACAGCUGACCUCCGGUCCAGUCGAAGCGAGAGCGACACAUGUCGUCGCUAUGCGGUUCUGCUUCUAAACUGCGUCUGCCGACUCUCUGUAGGCUCAUAUAAGUUGACAGGAGCCGGUGCGGCGGAUACUCUAAGGCGAGUAGAGUCUGCUGGAUGUCCGUGUUGUGUGUGCUCGGGACGACUCACCGUGGUUGUUAUUUCCACUUGAUGCCGCCCACCACUAGGGUCUCCACGGUUCACCGACAGUCGAUGGAGAGUGGUCAAGACGUGUGCACUAGGUCAGACAAUGUUUCACCAGACAGGGUGCAGGUAGCUGGAGGCAAGGCCCUGGCCUGUGUGUGGGUGUCCUGAGGCAGUUCCACGGAUCCAGUGUCAUCCACGACAAGAUCCAGAAGCUGAAUGGGUGGAAGAUUAUCAGAGAGAUGAUAAGACACGUGUGGCCUCGCGAUCGCCCGUGGCUCAAGGUCAGAGUGGUGACUGCCCUGGGACUACUGGUGGGAGCCAAGCUGAUAAACGUGCAAGUGCCGUUCUUCUUCAAGUAUGCGGUUGACUAUUUCAACAAGUUGCCCGAUCUCUCUACUCCCGAGAACACCAUCUUUACCAUCGGAACUGCUCUCCUCCUCGGAUUUGGGGCAGCGAGAAUAGGGUCGUCCCUGUUCAACGAACUCCGUAACGCCGUGUUUGCCAAGGUUGCACAGACGUCCAUCCGCAGAGUGGCCAAAUCGACUUUCCUCCACCUCCAUUCCCUGGACCACGCCUACCACCUCAGCAGACACACCGGGGCCAUGUCACGGGCGGUGGACAGAGGAACCAGAGGAAUCAACUUUGUGCUGUCGGCUCUGGUGUUCAAUGUGUUUCCUACCAUCUUUGAAGUCAGCCUCGUCUCUGGCAUUCUGACGUACAAGUUUGGGCUGUCGUAUGCUCUGGUGACUAUAGGGACUCUGUCAGUGUAUGCUGCCUUCACUCUCGGAGUCACCCAAUGGAGGACAAAGUUCCGUGUUCAGAUGAACAAGGCUGACGGUGAAGCAGGCUCCAAGGCUAUUGACUCUCUCAUCAACUACGAAACAGUCAAAGUAACACCCACCAUCUUGAAGGUUGUGCACACAUGUCACAUGUUCUCUUUUCCAUUGCUCUCACCUUUGCGCUUCUUUCUUACAUAGUGUAAUUGUCAGCAUUACCUGUAAUGUGUAGCUCACCAGAACACUUCCUUUCUUUCGCAGUAUUUCAACAACGAAGAUUUUGAGUCCAAUGAAUACGAUAAGGCACUGGCACUCUAUGAGAAAGCUGCACUAAAGACCACCACGAGUCUCUCUCUGCUAAGCUUUGGGCAGAGUGCCACGUUCUCCAUUGCACUGACGACACUCAUGGUCAUGGCAAGCCAGGGAGUCGUUUCCGGAACGCUGACAGUUGGUGAUUUGGUCAUGAUAAAUGGUCUAGUGUUCCAACUUUCCAUUCCUCUCAACUUUCUGGGGUCAGUGUACAGAGACAUCAGGCAAUCUCUGAUUGACAUGCAGCAAAUGUUUGAUCUACUGAGCCUCAACUCCAGCAUAAAGGAGAAGCCAGGUGCCCCUGCGCUUCACCUUGAACCAGGAGAAGCGACAGUCACGUUUGAGGAUGUGUCGUUCAGCUACACUCCCGAGAAGAUGAUUCUGGACGGACUCAGCUUCAGAGCACCUGCUGGCAAAAAACUGGCCAUUGUUGGUGGCAGUGGCUCUGGUAAGUCUACGAUAGUACGACUCCUCUACCGAUUCUACGAUCCGUCAAUGGGACGUGUCCUGAUUGGCAAUCGGGAUGUCCGAGAUGUGACUGUUGACAGCCUGCGUAGACAACUGAGCAUCGUCCCACAGGAUCCUGUCCUAUUUCACGACACCAUCAACUACAACAUAGCCUACGGGCGGCUCUCUGCCGGCCACGAGGAGGUGCUGGCUGCGUCUCAGAUGGCAAACCUCCACAACGGAGUCCAGAAUAUGCCCAUGAAGUAUGAGACACAGGUGGGGGAGAGAGGACUCAAGCUUUCAGGAGGUGAGAAGCAGAGAGUGGCCAUUGCCAGAGCUGUGCUGAAAGACUCUCCUGUCCUGGUGUACGAUGAAGCCACCUCCUCCCUGGACUCCAUCACAGAGCAAAACAUACUUGGAGCCAUGCGGAGAGUGAUAAAGGGGAAGACCUCCAUAUUUAUAGCUCAUCGUCUGUCUACUAUUGUGGAUGCUGACGAGAUCUUGGUGCUGGGAGAUGGGAGAGUAAUGGAGAGAGGAAGUCAUUUAGACCUCAUACAGAGACCUAGCUCUUUCUAUGCCGAGCUAUGGGCCAAACAAAACACUCUGGUCACUGACAAUGAAUGAGUAGUGUUUGAUUCAAGAUUUUAUUUUCACCCAACAGACACGCGCAGGCGCAGUGGAGAGUUUCGCAUUCUCCC